AUGGGUAAGGAUGGCAUGGCUAGCAAUGGCGGUGCAGAAAGCGGGGACAGUGCGCUUGGUGGUAAGCAGCGGCAAUGGACCCGUUGCCUCGAAGGUGUUUCGGGCGACCAACGUUGCAACUUCCUGACGAUUGUUAUGGGGCGCUGCAUGGUAGUGAACCACAAUAGUGGGGGCGCGCACCAGAAACUUGCUUCCAGGACAUGGUCCUGCCGACUUCCAAGGCGCCAGCCGGGAGGGGCAGCGGCUGCGCAGAGAGAAAAACCCCGCCGGACGUGGUUGCGGCUCUGGCACAGAGGCAGUUCUCGUAUUUUUAGCGAGCGACCGUCCUGGAGACGGAGCGGGGUUUCAGGGGCCGCUGCAGCUCAAGGCGCUGAGACUGCCGCGUUGGCGCACUCUGUGAUCAUCAACAAGUUCUCCAGCUCGCUGAAUGUGCAACAAGAGCCCCAUCGUCAACCCGCGAAGGCAGCUGGUUCCCGUGUGUGCGCGCGCUGCCGAGGAAAGGCUCUUGCUCCAACGGGCGUGCGGUCUCGCACUGCCCUCGGGAGCCGCUCAACCCGCGCGCGGUGCUGACGUCAGUAUGACGUUGGCCGCCAGACGAGACCGCAGGGCGAUGGGGGCGUCGAGGCCAUCUUCCACAAACACAACGGCCAAGGCACGCCGCCAAGAAGCAGUUCUUGAGUCUGGUGGCCGACCACGUGCGACCACCUGGCGUAGAUAGUCCGGGCGCACUGGGCCGGAAGUGCGACGAAGGACCCAGACGGUGGAUAGUUCGACGGGAGAGGGUGUGGCACACCGUUGAUGUUGUAGCGCUAAAAAAGCGAGGAAAAGGAAACGGUGAAGAAGCCUGCCUGUGUGUUUAAGUCUCCGCCUGGAACGGCUGCUUAUUGUCUUCGUUUUCGGAUCAGGCAGCCGAUUGUAGAACCAUUGUUGACACCCAUAUCAUGCUACAGGCGCGUGUUGUGGGCUUAUGGAUUACGGUGGCUGGACGCGGAGCCCUUUUCAAGGCUCCGUAAGCAUGUCCGAUAUCGAUCUUGGACAUAUAUUCCAGAUUUGGAAUGCAUAAAUUUGAUCGCUUGGCAGGGCUCGGGCUCUGACCCCUAGACCC